GAGCUGAGAUGAAUCGGUAUAGAACACAGAAUGAAUCCCAGGAGCGAAGGACUCAUUGCAGCCGUGCUUUUCCUGCUGCUGGCCUGUGUCCAGUGUCAACUGACAUACUCGCCGGAUUGGGGCAAGCGAUCGGUGGGCGGGGCAGGUCCUGGAUCCUUUUUCGAGCCCCCGCAGGGCAAUUGCAAGACAUCCAACGAAAUGCUGAUCGAAAUCUUUCGCUUCGUGCAGUCGCAGGCCCAGCUUUUCCUCGACUGCAAACACCGCGAGUAGGAGGCUGUAUCCCAGCCAGAUCCUGGUCUGGUUCUCGGACGAUGUCUAGCACGCACACACAUACACUAUCUAUAUAUAUACCCAUAUAUGUAUAUGUAAACAGCACGUUAUCAAGGUAGUCGUAGUCGGCAUUUAGAUUUAAUGGAUUCUUCCUUUCCCAAACAAUAAAUAAGCGCAUCUAAAAUGUAA